CCCUCUACUUCUUUCUCUCUGAGCUUUUCUUUAUACCUUAAUAGAAAAGAUAUCUCCUCUAUUUUUUCUUCAAUUAAUUUUCGUUAUAUAUCUGCAUAUUUCAUUUGUAUUAGCUUUUGGGAUUUCACUAUUGUUCUCUUACUAUCCAUUAGUUUCUGUUUUGUGAAGAGUGUCUGAAAGAAAAAUCAUCAAGAAUGGAAUUGUUCUCCGUCUCAGGGGAUAUUAGCUUAAACAAUAAAGGGUUUACAUUGAAAGUUAAAUUAUUUUGCAAAAUUUCACAGAUGGAAGGCAAAUCUGAAACUGCUGUUGAAAUAGAGGAACAUGUCAAACUCAAAGGCAAAGACAAAGAGCUAAGUGAUGCGAAUGGAGAGAAAACUAAAGUGGAACUUGAACUGAAGACCAAAUCGGUAGAAAAGGAAAAGCCAAAGCAGAAAGGGGACGAGGAGGGGAAAAAUAAGAAGCAGCAGCAGAAGAAGGAAGAUGAUGAAGGUGACCAUGAGAAAGAUAAAAACAAGGAAAAGAAGAAGAAGAAGAAGAAGAAAGAGGACGAGGCAAAAGAUGGUGGGGAUAAUUUAGAUGAGGAGUCGGAGGUAGAUAAUGAAACCAGAGAAACUAAUAAAAAGGAAGAGAAACAAGAUAAGCAAGACGAGAGAAAAGAAGAGAAGAAAAAGAAGAAGGAAGAACAUGUAGAUGAUGUGAAGGAGAAAGAUAAGAAAGAGAAGGAGAAAGAGAACAAGGAUAAAGAGACAAGGGAAGUCAAAGACAAAAGUUUGAGAAAUAAGGAAGAGGGGAUUAAGGAGCAUCUGGGGGAGGGGAAGGAAAAGUAUGAGGAGAAGAAGAAUGACAGGAAAGAAAAGAAAGAGAAAGAAAAGAAGGUCAAAGAAGAAGGGAAAAAGCUAGGUGAAGCAUCUGUGGAAGAAACAGAAAAAAAGAAUGAAAAAGAAGAAGACAAAGGGGAAGGGAAAAAGAAAAAGAAAGAGAAGAAACACAAUGAUGAAACAAAGGAUGUCGAAGAAAAGAAAGGUGAAGAGAAAGAAGAGAAGAAGAAGAAAAAGAAAAAGAAUGUGGAAAGGAAAGAGAAGCAUGAGGACGUAAUACAUGAAGGUGAAGAGAAGAAGGAAAAGGAAAAGAAAAAGGAAGUUAAUGAGUCAAAGAGCGAUGCCAAAGUUGUGUCAAGGGAGAUUAAACCAGAAUCAGAAGGAAAGGGGGAGAACGAGGAGGAAGAGAAAGAUAAGGCAAAGGAAAGUAAAGAGAAGAAGAAAGAUAAAGACAAGAAAGAGAAUGGUGAUAAGAUAAGGAAAAAUGGUGAGAAGGAUAAAAGCAAGGGCCUCAACAAUCUGAAAAAGAAGUUGGUGAAGAUUGAUAGAAAAAUUGAAACCCUCUUUGAGAAAAAAGCCAACAUUUUUAGACAGAUAAAUGAAGCUGAGAAUGCAAGCUCUGUUGCUGCUGAGAAGGACAAAGACACCCAAAUAGCUGAUUCCAAAUAGCCCCUGGUGCAAAAUGAUACACAGUUCCUUUCCCUUCACCUGUUGUAAGAUGUAAUACAAAGUAUGUUCCAAUAGAGGUAGUUUAAUGCGAUUAAAAUCCAAAAAACUGAAUAAAUAUGAACCAAACUGAAUUACAUAUCUAAUAAAAUGAUAUAAUUUUAGGUUUAUAAUAAAUAAUGAAGCCAAAUUCAACUGAAUUUCACAAAAUGGACAUCUAAGCUUUGAUG